AUGACCGUGGACAAGCUCCUCCUCUACGUUGUGUCCGUGCUCUACGACCCCGUCCUCGACUGCGACCCCAUCAACGAGGACAUCGCUGAUAUCUACGCGGCCGACCUCGAGCUGUACGAGGAGACGGCCAUGGCGUGGACCUGGGGGUACUCCUCGACGCCCAUCGUCUCCCACUGCUACCCGGCCAAGAAAGACACGAGCAGGAGCAGGAGCAGGCCGGGCUACCACAACGAUGUGGCUGCUAGGUCUAGGAGUUCUGCCUACAAAGAAAAGAGGAUCGUGGUGCCCGAGCCCCCCAUACAGUGGUAUGGUAUUUGGGGUAUAUUGCGCCGCACACUACAAGAGUACAAGUUGUCGAUAAAUGGAGUCUCUCCUAGGUGUGUAAAAAGUCCUCCAUCUAUAUAUGCCGCCCCCUCCGCCUUCAACUUCAAGCCAUUUCGAGUUAACCAACCCAAGUACACGUUUCACAUUCUGAUCUCUGUUCGUUUGGUGCCUUCGUGGGAGUCUCUAGCUAGGCUCCCCGAUCGUUGCAUCACCGGUCACCGCUCACCGUCCAUGCAGGCAAAGGCCAUGGCUCCCGGUGGCGGUGCUCCCCGUCUCCGGGGAACGACGACCACGGGCGCGCGGCCAGACAAGUCCCGUCUUUGGACGACGCGGCUUCAGAAGGAGCUCGAGGGGCUCUGGGCCGACCCGCCCGAGUGGUGCGUCCCCGGCGCCGACGCGACGGACCUCUUCCACUGGCAGGUCGUCGUCGUCGGCCCCCGAGGAAGCCCCUACGACGGCGGGGUGUUCGCCGUCCGCUUCAAGUUCCCUCGCCACUACCCCUUGAAGCCUCCCAAGGUCACCUUCGCAACCAAGGUACCGGCUCGCUCGCUCCCUGCAGUUCUUCUUCGGUUUUGGUGGGUUCACGCAUGCGUGUCGGCCUUGCGAUUUCAGGUGUACCACCCGAACAUCGAUCCGAGGACCGGACUGGUUUGCCUGGACUUCCUGACUGACAACAAGCACUGGUGGACGCCGGCUUGGACGGUGCACAAGAUUCUCCUGGUCAUAGUCUCGCUUUUGCACGAGCCUGUCAUAGAUGGCCGCGCCAUCAACCCCGACGCCGCGAACCUCUACAAGCGGAAGAGACUCAGGUACGUGGAGAUCGCGAGGGCCAAGACCCUGGAGCACGCCACGGCGUCGGCGUCGGCGUCGGCGUCUUCAGAGAAGGAGCGUCCGCAAUCCCGGGGCGUUUCGCUGUGCCGUCGGCUCAUGACAAGGGUGGCGUUUCUUCAGACUUCAAGAUAG